GUCCACCUGCAGCAGGCAGUCCCUCUGGCUGUCCGACGGAGCGGCGCCGGCAGAGCCCGAGGCCUGGGCUCUUGCUCCCCGGCGGAGGGAUCCGCGGCGGCUGAGGAGGCGGCGCUGAGAUUAGGUGGAAGAGGCAGCUACGGCGGCGGCGGCGGUAGCGGCGGCGGCGGCUCGGACGGCAGCGCAUAAAGGGGCCGCCGCCGGGUGAUGCGGUGACCGCUGCGGCAGGCUCAGGAGCCAAGUGGGCCCCGGCCCUCAGUCCGUCCUGCCGGACCCGCGCUUCCGAACUCCCCAUCUUCUCCGGCCGACCCGCGAUCACCGAGGCGGCCUCGCGCCCCCUCGCCCCUUCCCCGUCCCUCCCCUGUCCCCGUCCCCGCCCCGGGGGCCACCGCCACCCGCCUCCCACGAUGGCUCUGAAGAGAAUCCACAAGGAAUUGAAUGACCUGGCACGGGACCCCCCCAGCACAGUGUUCAGCAGGUCCUGUUGGAGAUGAUAUGUUCCAUUGGCAAGCUACAAUAAUGGGGCCAAAUGACAGUCCCUAUCAGGGUGGAGUAUUUUUCUUGACAAUUCAUUUCCCAACAGAUUACCCCUUCAAGCCACCUAAGGUUGCAUUUACAACAAGAAUUUAUCAUCCAAAUAUUAACAGUAAUGGCAGCAUUUGUCUUGAUAUUCUCCGGUCACAGUGGUCUCCAGCACUAACUAUUUCAAAAGUACUCUUGUCCAUCUGUUCUCUGUUGUGUGAUCCCAAUCCAGAUGAUCCUUUAGUGCCUGAGAUUGCUCGGAUCUACAAAACAGAUAGAGAAAAGUACAACAGAAUAGCUCGGGAAUGGACUCAGAAGUAUGCGAUGUAAUUAAAGAAAUUAUUGGAUAACCUCUACAAAUAAAGAUAGGGGAACUCUGAAAGAGAAAGUCCUUUUGAUUUCCAUUUGACUGCUUUCUAUGAGCCCACGCCUCAUCUUCCCCUGUGCACAUGUUUACCUGAUACAGCAGUGCUGCGUGUUGUACAUACUUGGAACAACAAACUAGAAAUACUGUACUUCUGUACCAACAUUGCCUCCUAGCAGAGAAGUGUGUGUGUGACAAGCCAGUUCUCCAGGCGUAACCUAGGUGUGAGACUAAAAGUUUUCCUUAUUGACUUAAAUUUGGAUAACGGCAAGGUGAGGGGUGGUGGGUAUGAUGUGUGCUUGGAUGGGGAAGAAAAGCUCCACUGACCUGUAGGAGAUUGUUUUUAAGUGGAAUCCUUUUAAACUCAGAACAGUUAUAAAGGCAAGGCGAAGAACACGAAGCUGUUUCUGUAUUCAUUUUUUUCCGAAGGACCUACGUCUUAGGUGAAAGUUAUGACCAACCAGAUUAAACUCUACCCACAUCCUGUAUUUUAAGGUCUAAGUUUAACUGGUCAACAUUUAAAUGGAUUGGAGCUAUUAGUACAUAAAGUGUGAUGGGCUUUGGUCCCACAUCUUUUGCAUCUCCCCACCCUUCAACCUUUGUCCUUUCAGCCCCUUUCUCUCUUCCACAUUCUUUGGUUUGUAUGUGGUUUCUCAGUUAAUACAUAGCUAAUAGCUCUUAUUUUUCUUAUGUUUUUAACUGCUUAGGUCUAUCUGGAUGUAAGGGUGAAAAUUCAUUUGAUGGAAAUACUUGUGUAUAUUUAAAGACCCAAUUGCUCCUCUGGAGCUUGUACGUUCAAGAAUGAUUAAUCUGUGUAAUAAACUGAUUACUACAGUCAUUACAUAUAA